UAAAAUAUGGAGCUCAACAUCCAAUCAAUACUCAUAAUUCUACUCCCCUUUCUUCUUUUUCUCUACAUGUUUCUCAAAUCUCAAACAAUCUCAAAAUCAGCAAAGAUUUACUCACACUUCCCCGGCCCCAAACCCCUCCCUUUGAUCGGAAACCUCCACCUCAUGCUCCGCGCCUCCUCCGGCCCCCACCGCCUCUUCCGUUCCCUCGCCGCCAAACACGGCCCCUUAAUGCAUCUCCAGCUCGGCGAGCUCCACUUCCUCAUCGUCUCCUCCAUCGAAUUCGCAAAGGAAGUGAUGAAAACCCACGACGCCAACUUCUCCAACCGGCCUCCGAUGCUUGCGACGGAGGAGCUGGCCUACAACUCCACCGACCUCAUCUUCUCCCCCUACGGCGACCACUGGCGCCACCUGCGGAAGAUCUGCACCGUCGAGCUCCUCACCGCCCGGCGCGUGCGGUCCUUCCGCAGCAUACGGGAAGAGGAGGUCACCAACAUGUGCAAUUGGAUCGCCUCUCGCGAGGGAUCAUCGAUUGAUCUCUCGGAGAGGCUCUACUUGUCGGCCUACGACGUUAUCGUGAGGGUGGCCGCCGCCAAGGCCGAUGCCGAAGAUCGUGAAACGAUGAUUUCUCUAUCCAUGGAAACCACAAAGCUGGCUUCGGGAUUCAUGCUGGCCGAUCUCUAUCCUUCCAUCAAAUUACUGCCGCUGGUCACCGGAGCCCGGUUUAAGAUCCGAAGGAUUCAUCGAAAAUUAGAUGAGAUGCUCGAUGGCAUGAUCCAGCAGCAGAGAGCGGCCGCGCAUCGCGGCAAUGAGGCUAAGGUUGAAGGUUUCUUAGAUAUUCUCCUCAGAUUUGAAAGAGAUGGGACUUUAACUACAGACCAUGUCAAAGCAGUGCUACAGGAUAUAUUACUUGGAGGAACAGACACGUCAGCCUCUACCAUAGAAUGGGCAAUGUCAGAGCUAAUGAGAAACCCUAGCAAACUCAACAAAGCUCAACAAGAAAUCAGAAAUGUUUUUCACAAGGUGGGAUCAUACGUAGAUGAAGACAAGUUCGAUGAGCUAAAAUACCUCAGAUUAAUUAUCAAAGAGACUCUGAGAUUGCACCCACCGGUACCACUAGUCGCCAAACUGAACUCCGAGAGAUGUGAAAUCAAUGGGUACGAAAUCCCAGCAAAAACUAGAGUUUUAGUGAAUGCAUGGGCACUGGGAAGAGACCCCGAGCAUUGGAACGAUCCAGAGAAGUUUAUACCUGAGAGAUUCGAAGAAAGCUCUGUUGGUUACAACGGGAGCAAUCUCGAAUACAUACCCUUUGGUGCAGGAAGGAGAAUAUGUGCCGGCAUAUUGUUGGCGCAGGCCGAUAUUGAGCUUCCGCUUGCAAUGCUUCUCUAUCAUUUUGAUUGGAAAAUGCCAAAUGGGAAGAAAGCAGAAGAAUUGGCUAUGACAGAGAGCUUCGGCGCCACUCUUCAUAAGAAACACCCUUUGCGUUUGAUUCCCAUCGUUAAGCGACCUUUGCGUGGAGGUGCUUGACUAAUACUAUUAGACAUUAUUGUCAUUGUCACAUGUAAGAAAAAAAUAAAAUAGACGUGGACAGUUGUGUUGAUACUCUAUUAAUGAUGUUCAUCACUUUCACUGUCUCCAAUUGAGAUCUCAAGUAAAAGUCAACUAAGAUGUACUAUUAUGAAGGAACUAUUUAGAUGCCAAUUAUUGUGAAAAUGGCGACUAAUUGUUCAACGUUAACUUUUUACCUUUUCUAUUAAGAAGAGGUAAAGAUACAUUUUCAAAAUGAAAGAAGGUACAUUACCUCUCA